CAAUAGACGUAGGAAUGGCUCGAACAGCUGUAGUCACGGUUGUUGCUUUCCAUAGUCGUUGAUGUGGCCCUUCGGCUGGGGGUGCGCAUGCGCGGUCCAUGGCUUCUCUUCCGUCGGCGCGACAUGAGGGGAGCCGGCUUGGAGUUGCGGGUGAAGCGUCUGCCGUGGAUUUCGCUGGGCUUGUGGUUGUUACUGGUUAACAGUUGCUGGAUCAAAAGUGACUGACAACAUAUCUGUCUCAAGUCCUUAAUUUUUUUUCAAUAUGGCUGGAAGCAUUACUGAUACAGGGGAGCUCUACUCUCCUUAUGUUGGCUUAAUUUACAUGUUCAACCUCAUAGUUGGCACAGGAGCUCUAACUAUGCCAAAGGCCUUUGCUGCUGCUGGUUGGCUUGUCAGCCUUAUUCUAAUAAUGUUCCUGGGCUUUAUGAGCUAUAUGACCACAACUUUUGUAAUGGAGGCCAUGGCUGCAGCAAAUGCUCAGCUUCACUUAAAGAGAAUGGAAAAGCACAAGGAAGAUGAUAAUGAUGAAGAUUCUUCAUCUGAAGUUUCUGAUAGCGAUGUUCUCCCAGAUGUCUAUGAACGAUCAGAAACACGGCCUAUUCUAUCUGUUCAGAGACGAGGAGCACCUAAUAUUUUUGAAAUCACAGAAAGGGUGGAAAUGGGUCAGAUGGCUUCCAUGUUCUUCAAUAAAGUGGGAGUUAAUUUGUUUUACUUCUGUAUAAUCAUCUAUUUAUAUGGUGAUCUGGCAAUCUAUGCAGCUGCUGUCCCAGUUUCUCUUAUGCAAGUGACUUGUAGUAUGACUGGUAAUCAGUCAUGCAGCGUGGAAGAUGGGGCAAAGUAUAAUGACACAGACGAGUGUUGGGGGCCAAUCAGGAGGAUUGAUGCUUACAGAAUUUAUCUGGCAGUAUUUACUCUUCUCUUGGGUCCAUUCACCUUUUUUAACGUGCAGAAAACUAAGUAUCUUCAAAUCAUGACAUCACUAAUGAGGUGGUUAGCAUUCAUCAUCAUGAUCAUUGUAGCCCUCCGCCGCAUUGCCAAGGGUCAAGGCGAAGGUCAUCCCCCUCUGGCACAGCUCUCCGGAGUCCGAAAUCUCUUUGGGGUCUGUGUUUAUUCCUUCAUGUGUCAGCAUUCCCUGCCAUCCCUCGUUACUCCCAUCUCUAAGAAGAAGCAUAUUAACAAGCUGGUCCUGCUGGAUUACAUCUUGAUCCUGGGUUUCUACAGCCUUCUGUCUUUCACUGCUAUCUAUUGCUUCCGCAAUGGAACUCUAAUGGACAUGUACACGCUCAACUUCACAAACUGUGACAUUGUCAGUAUUGCCUUUAUACGCUAUUUCCUGGGCCUCUUCCCUGUCUUCACCAUCAGUACAAACUUUCCUAUAAUUGCUGUGACUCUAAGAAAUAAUUGGAAGACUCUCUUCCACCGGGAAGGGGGAACCUACCCAUGGGUAGUGGACAGGAUUUUUUUCCCAGUCAUCACACUAAUUCCUCCAAUUAUUGUGGCUUUCUGUACUCAUGACCUGGAGUCCCUGGUGGGCAUUACUGGAGCCUAUGCUGGAAAUGGGAUCCAGUACAUCAUUCCUGCUUUUUUAGCAUACUGUAGCCGGAAAGAAACCCAGCUGACCUUUAGAAAUGGCACACUCAAUAAACAUUUGUCCCCUUUCCGGCACACAUUCUGGAUUGGCUUUGUGCUGCUCUGGGGCCUUUCUUGUUUUCUGUUUGUGACUGCAAAUAUCAUUUUGAGUGAAACGAAAGUCUGAUGAUGGAGCAUUAUUGCUAGUUAAGAUGACUUCUAAGACUUCUAUUCCUGGUGUUGUACCUAGUAAGGACAUGUUUAACUAUCAGCUUACUAAUACAUUAUUGAGCUUGAUGCUCAUUUGAGGUACCUUGCUGCUUGUUGAGUUAUCUUUCAGGUUCUGAUUUUCCAUUCAGUGCACAAAUCUGUUGGAUUCUAUCCUACAUCAGGCUGCUAUGACCACUCUUUGACUAAACAGGAUGUUUUCUUCUCUGUUAGAAGAUGGCAGAGACUGUUGGAUAUGCAUCUCACCCACUCACAUGAUGGAAAAGACCAGUUUUACUUUUAGCAGUCAAGCCAAUAGCCAAUGAAUUAAGCAAAUUGCUUACUAAUGAUGGCUUACCUGAUCAUUCAUAUUCCUUCUGAAGUGGUUUUCCAUUCUACCAACCCAAUGAACAAGGAAUAUUAGCAAAAUGAAUGCAACUGGUGGAACUAGGUUUCAUAGCUAUUAAUAUUGCAUGAUAUAUGUGGCAACCUAAACUCUGGAAUGGAGUAGAGGAACCCCACCACUUCCCCUUCUUCCCUAGUCCAGCUUUAAUUGUUUCCUCCAUUUGUUUGUCAGCCUUUCCAAUGCACAUUUUGCCUUGUUUCAUUUAAUGCAGUCCAGAGACUGAAACUUGUAGAAUAUUACUUGCCAAGCUUUAAGGUUUGUUUUUAUCUUGCCUCAGAUUUUUCCCUCCUCAAUUAUUUGUGUACAGUAUGCGUCUGAGCAGGGAGUCCUAUCAUCAACCAUAUUCUGAGGUGACAAAAGCCAUCUCUUAAUUAGUAAUAAAAAGAAAUAAAAACUUUCUCAUUAUACUGCCUUAUUCUCUCUAUACUGCUAAACAGCACCAUGUAAGUGUCGCAGCAGCAGGGCAGGCCCUGUCUGAAACCUGCACCUUCUCUGUAGGCAUGAAAAUGCUGAUUACUUUCUAAAGGAAUACUUCAAUAGAUGUAGAGAGCAGCUAAUACUGUCUUGAUGCAAAAUGUUAUGACUAAAUUCAACAGAGAAAAAAAAUCCAUAGAAAGUGAAAAGAGCCCUGAAAACCAUUGUUCUUUUGUGUUCUAUCAGAAUAUCAUGGCAAAUGAUGCCUCCUGAUUCUUGCUAAAUCAUGAGCCCCACUCCCUGAAAUCUCAUUUCUCCCUCUCCUUAAACUGAUGAUCACAACAUCAUAAAAUGUAAGGGUUGAAGAGAUCUUUAGAGAUUGAGUCCAAUGCCAUGCCCAAUGCAUGAAUCAACUAUACAUCAUCACAACUUAUGGCUAUCCGCACUCUGUUUAAACACCUCUUGUGAAGUCAACCACCAUCUGAGGGAGUCUGUUCCAUUGUUGAACAGUUCUUAACUAUAAGGAAAUUCAGAUGUCCCACUAUUUCCCUCCCUCCCUUCAUCAUUAUGUCUUCUGAAAUAACUGAACAAUUCACCCCAUCUUCUGCAUGACAGCCAUUCAGCUACUUAAAGACAGCUAUCAUGUCUCCCUGCAGUCUUGUCUUCUCCAGGCUAUAUAUCUCCAACAAUUCCUCAUAACUUUUUCCUCCCAGGUUCCUUACCAUCUUCGUUGCUGUCCUUGGACGCAGAGCCAUAUAAAAUACAAUGCCCAGAAUUGCAUGCAGUAUUUUAGGUGUGAUCUGACCUUUUCUCUUGAAUCAGGCUGCUAUAUGACAACUAAACCUUCCUGAAGAAAAUGAGAUGAGGGGUUGAAAGAGGACUCCAGCAUCCAUCCCCUGUGCAGUAUUUUGAUCUUAAAUCUGAUUCCCACAUCCAACUUGAUACAUGAUGGACAAAAUACUGGAUUUAAAGGCACUGGUUGCUUCUAGUUGGGACCAUAAGCCUUUGUUGAAAAGGGUAUUUCUUCAGCUGCUGUUGAUACAAAGUCACUUUAGAGGGGUUUGGGUCACAAAUCACAAAGUUAUCAGUAUAAGGAAAGUUUUAUUUUUUUAUUUCCUUUGGCUAUAAAUGUGUUUAAAGUGCUUUUUCUGUUAUUAAAUUCCAUCUUCCAAACAGGUGGAUGAUGCUUCUCUUCUCCAGACUGGUUGUACCUGUGAUAUUAAAUUUGAUGUUUCACCAAAGUUAUUUGAUGAAUUCAGUGGCGAUUGUUUUUUUAAAGAAUUAUUAUUAAGUAUAAUAUUUUUUUAAAAUCCUGAAUUGUUUUUGUUACAGAAAUUGGCAGAGGUUGUGCUUAAAAAAUAUAGACAGCAUCAUUUCUUCAGUGAAAGUAACUUAGCUGUGCUCCAAAAGAAGACAAUGUCUUUGCUAGAUUGCAUAACAUUAGGCUUGCCAACUAGGGACGUUUGCUGCAGGCACGUCAAGACCUGAUGACAGUACCCUCUUGAUGUCAGGCUGUACUUGGAAGCCCUUUGGUGCAUCAGAGAAUCACGUACGCAGCCUGCAAAGCUUGCAAAUGGAUAAGGCUGUUUUUUGGACACUGUUUUUUGGACACAGGGAGCUCUUAAUGACUAAAUCCAUAAAGGUCAGACUUCUGCCCUGGUUCAGGGAGAACAAAAAUACAGUUUGUUUAAAAAACAUAUUUGCAGUCCAUUGAAAUAGGAACUCUUCUAUCUCAAUUAGCCCAUAGAUUUAGUAGUUCAUUUCUGUCACUCUUGCCUGCAAUUGCUGUAAACCUCACUAACUGGCAGAAGAGACCACAGAGAGCCAUGUUAGAUCUGUCAGAUACUGGUCCAAUCUAUUCUUGUAAUAAUAAGAUACUGGCAAGGAUAGGAUCACUGCUAGUAUUUUAGUAACAAAAAAAAGUGCCUUAGGACUCACCUAUACAUGGUGAAAAUGUGCAUUUUGGCUAUUACUGCUUCAUCUUUAGGCCUUGAAAGAGCUGGAAGAUAAAAAGUGCCCUAUUUUCUCUAGUCCUGUAUUUGCCACAUACUUUAUUUCUUCUUCUGGUGGGUUACUCAUUGCAUGCAUAUAUUCCUAAAGUUCAAAGGAUUUUCUUCUCUUCCCCACUUGUUUUGACCUUCAUCCCUAUGACUCGGCUCAGAAGAGCCUUUUUUGAAGGAGAGGCCUGCCAUCUCCUGAUACGCACUGCACUGGAGGCAGGCAAGAAGUGCUGGAUUUCAGCAAAACCAGAAGUCUUGCUGAUUGGAUGUCUAUCAAACAGAAGCUCAUUUUUUCUUCUUGAAAAAAGAGGAAACAACAGGCUAUGGGUGCACUCAUUUUCUCUCAUUUACUUUAAAUGCACCAUCACUGGUAGCUUCAUGACUACUGCCUCCGGUUUGUUUUGGGGGAUUUCCCUGGCUGCUCCUCCCUAAUUCCAUGUUGUACUAAAUGCCUUUUAGCCUGCAUCGUAUUCUUUUUUUGCUCCAAAUGCUGCUCUGAAGGUUGUAAAACAUAACACUGUAGUAGCUGCUUUCUGAUUACGGAACAACUCUCUAGUUAGAUGUGGCUUGCUUUCAGCAUGAAGAGGAAGCUGACUUUUCCGUUGGCCUGAUAAUAGUGCCUCCCAUUAGUCCCUCAGCUUGGAGGAUUCCUUUUGCUUAGCGCUGGAGUAACCUCCCAGAUGCCAGCACUAAGCAAGUAGCAGUGCGAUCCAACUCACCUAAUGGUUGAAGGUUAUGUUUAAAAGUUUUAAAAGAGGAUCUAGAAAUUGAAAUAGGAUUAUUUCUGUCCUUGUGUAUUUUUUAUUGAUCCCAUUGUCAAGAACUGCAGGAACAGGAUAGUGAAAUCCAGAGCAUAACCUGGGUAUGAUAAUCCAGGUGAGUAACCUGGGAUCAUCUCCAUUUGUUUUAACAUGAGAGAUAUUUUUAAUUGAUUAUUCCAAUGUAUAAGUUCUUCCCUGUGGCUCUUUGCUGGCCUGUGUCCUUGAUUUGUCUCAGUAGGUGAUUAUUUUUCAGAAAGGUUAUACAUCUGUGUCAGGCCUUUUCCUGCAGGUGAUAGGGGAAUCUAGAAUUGGUUUCUGUUAACAGAUCAGUUGGCAGGAGCGAAGGAUGGCAGCUGUAAUGGCAGCAGCUCAUAGAGUGUUUUUGUGCCUUGUCUUCCCAUUCUGUAUUAGCCUCCUGCUUCCAGAAGCAGUAGGUACUCUCUGAAAACUCAGUUAAAACAGCUGUACCUUACCCAUCUCAAUUACAUUUUCUUGAACUGAAAAACUGAGCAAAUCAAAUCAUUCCACAGUCUUGGGCAACAAAUGAAGUGGUGUUGGUUUUCUUCCUGGUAAAUUUAUUAUAAUCAUAAACCACAGCUUGAUUUAUGUUAAAAUAUUAAAAGGCAUCUUUAUGAUGGAAAUAAACAGUUUCUACUCUC